AUGUCAGUAAACCAAUACUCAAGCGAUUUCCACUACCAUUCUCUCAUGUGGCAACAACAGCAGCGACAUCACCACCAAAACGACGUCGUGGAGGAGAAAGAAGCUCUUUUCGAGAAACCUUUAACCCCAAGCGACGUCGGAAAACUCAACCGCCUCGUCAUACCAAAACAGCACGCCGAGAGAUACUUCCCGCUGGCUGCCGCCGCCGCGGACGCGGUGGAGAAAGGACUUCUCCUCUGUUUCGAGGACGAGGAAGGUAAGCCAUGGAGAUUCAGAUACUCGUAUUGGAACAGUAGCCAGAGUUACGUCUUGACCAAAGGCUGGAGCAGAUAUGUCAAGGAGAAGCAUCUUGAUGCAGGUGACGUCGUUCUCUUCCAUCGCCACCGUGCUGACGGCGGAAGGUUCUUCAUUGGCUGGAGAAGACGCGGUGAAUCUUCCUCCUCCUCCGACUCUUGUCGCCAUCUUCAAUCUAAUGCCUCGCUCCAAUAUUAUCCUCAUGCAGGGGCUCAAGCGGUGGAGAGCCACCGAGGGAACUCGAAGACAUUGAGACUGUUCGGAGUCAACAUGGAGUGCCAGCUAGACUCAGACUGGUCUGAGCCAUCCACACCUGACGGUUCCACCACAUGUCCAACCAGUCAUGACCAGAUUCAUUUCUACCCUCAACAACACUAUCCUCAUCCGUACUACAUGGAUAUAAGUUUCACAGGAGAUGUGAACCAGACGAGACCACAAGGAUAG